AUGGAGUUGUUGUGCCUUGUCUUCCUCCUCUUGUCCACGACGACCUCUCCCCAUUUCAUGGCCAGAGAAUUGUCUUCCCCUUCUUCCACUACUACUACUGCUACCACUACUAGUUCAAAUGUUUCAAAGCUUUCGCAGCUGAAAAGUAAGGACGACGAGGUUGUGGCCCUGAUAUCCUUCCAGAACUUGUCUGUUCACACUGAUCCCAGUGGCUUCUUGACCGAUUGGAUUCCUAAUUCUCACAAUCCUUGCACCUGGAACGGUGUCAGCUGCUCUCCCGACGGACGCGUUUCUUCACUCGAUCUCACCAAUGCUGGACUCACUGGAUACCUUCGCCUCGACCAUCUCAUGCGUCUGCAGCAUCUCCAACGUGUCAUCUUACGCGGGAAUAUCUUCUCCGGUGAUCUAUCGCCUGCUGCCGUAGCUGCUUCGGUGCGCUGCAAUUUUGAGACCCUUGACUUGUCCUCCAACAACUUCUCGGACCCCAUCUCAGAAGAAUUCAUGGCACCCUGUGACCGUCUCAUUUCUCUCAAUCUCUCCCGCAAUUCCAUUACAGGGGCCGCUUUCAAAUUUGGCACUUCUCUCCGAGAGCUCGACAUCUCCCGCAACCGGAUCUCGGAUCGCCGGCUCUUGAACUACUCGCUCCAAAAUUGUGGGGCUUUGAGUCUCCUUAACUUCUCAGACAACAAGCUCGCAGGGGAUUUGGGUGUUGGCAUUUCAUCUUGCAAUAAUCUCUCCAUCCUCGACCUCUCAUACAAUCUUUUGUCCGACAACAUUCCGGCGGCUUUUUUCGCUCAAUCGCCUGCGUCUCUGAAGCACCUGGACCUCUCCCACAACAACUUAUCUGCCGAAUUCUCGGCACUCGAGUUCGGCAGCUGUGGCAACCUCACCGUGCUCGACCUCUCCCACAACGUCCUUUCCGGCAUUGGACUCCCCGCCAGCUUGCUCAACUGCCAGCUGCUUCAGAAACUUGACCUCUCCCAUAACCAACUCCAGGACGUGAUUCCCUCCGCCCUGGGCGGCUUGAGGAAUUUGCAGCAUCUGUUGCUGGCCCAAAAUCACUUCUCAGGUGAGAUCCCGCCAGAACUCGGUCGGACCUGUGGGACACUCCUAGAACUCGAUCUCUCUGGAAAUCGACUCUCUGGGGGUUUCCCUUUGACGUUUGUAUCGUGCUCUUCGCUACAGAUCCUCAACCUCGGCAACAACCAGCUUUCGGGUGAUUUCGUCAAUAUCGUCGUCAGCACUCUGCCAUCUCUGAGGCACCUUUUGCUUCCUUUCAACAACUUAACGGGUCCUUUACCUUUGUCUAUAAAGAACUGUUCUCAGCUUGAAAUGCUCGAUCUUAGUUCCAACGGCUUUACUGGUGGCAUCCCAUCUGAGUUCUGUUCCUCUCUCCCUUCUCUACAUAAAGUCCUCCUACCCGGCAAUUUUCUAUCUGGAACGGUGCCUCUGGAGCUCGGGAGCUGCAAGGGUCUGAGGACGAUCGAUUUCAGCUUCAACAACCUCAGUGGUUCAAUUCCCUCAGAAGUCUGGGUGCUACCCAAUCUUUCAGACUUGGUCAUGUGGGCAAACAACCUCAGCGGGGAAAUCCCAGAGGGCAUCUGUGUGAAUGGUGGAAACUUAGAGACACUGAUUCUCAACAACAAUCUUAUCACGGGGACCAUCCCUCCGUCGCUGGCCAAGUGUACUAAUCUCAUCUGGGUCUCUCUCUCUAGCAACCGCCUCACUGGGAAGAUACCUGCUGGGGUAGGGAAUCUCAUGAAGCUUGCUAUUCUCCAAUUGGGUAACAAUUCGCUCACAGGAGAGGUCCCGCGGGAGCUUGGUAACUGCCCGAGCCUCAUAUGGCUGGAUUUGAACAGUAAUGGCCUAACUGGGUACAUACCACAGGAACUUGCCAAACAAGCUGGGCUGAUUAUGCCUGGUCAAGUUUCUGGAAAGCAAUUUGCAUUCAUCAGGAAUGAGGGAGGUACAGCCUGCAGAGGUGCCGGAGGACUAGUUGAAUUUCAAGGGAUCCGAACAGAUAGGCUGGCGAGUUUUCCAAUGGUUCAUUCUUGCCCGUCCACUAGAAUCUACACUGGUUUGACAGUCUACUCAUUUGCAAGAAAUGGCAGCAUGAUCUACAUGGAUCUGUCGUACAAUUCGUUGUCUGGAACAAUCCCAGAUGACCUGGGUUUCAUGUAUUAUCUACAGGUCCUAAAUUUGGGACACAACAGACUUACAGGAACCAUCCCGGAUAGCUUGGGAGGUCUUAAACAGGUUGGAGUUCUAGAUCUGUCUCAUAAUGAUCUUCAAGGUUAUGUACCAGGGUCAUUAGGUAGUCUUUCGUUUCUUAGUGAUCUUGAUGUGUCAAACAACAACCUAACGGGUCCAAUUCCUUCGUCAGGCCAGCUGACCACAUUCCCAGCAUCCAGAUAUGAAAAUAAUUCUGGUCUAUGUGGGCUCCCCUUGCCCCCUUGUGGGUCUGGUACUACAGCCCGUCAGAUGAAUUAUAAUCGGCGAGGUAAGAAACAGUCAUUGGCCGCAGGAGUGGUCAUUGGCAUUGUAAUUUCCCUAUUCUGUAUCCUUGGACUUACGUUGGCUCUGUUAAAGAUGAAGAAGUACCAACGCAGGGAGGAUCCAGGAGACAAAUAUAUUGACAGCCUUCCAACUUCUGGUAGCAGCAGCUGGAAACUAUCUGGGGUUCCAGAGCCUCUUAGCAUCAAUGUUGCCACAUUUGAGAAACCUCUGAGAAAGCUGACCUUUGCUCAUCUCCUUGAGGCCACUAAUGGUUUCAGUGCUGACAGCUUGAUAGGGUCUGGUGGGUUUGGUGAGGUCUACAAGGCACGGUUGAAGGAUGGCACCGUUGUCGCAAUCAAGAAGUUGAUUCGUGUGACAGGUCAGGGAGACAGGGAAUUUACUGCCGAAAUGGAAACAAUCGGUAAGAUCAAGCACAGAAACCUUGUCCCUUUGUUGGGCUACUGCAAGAUUGGAGAUGAGAGGCUUCUUGUGUAUGAGUACAUGAAAUGGGGAAGCUUGGAGACGGUUCUUCAUGACAAGGCCAAGGGAGGGGCAUCAAAGCUCAGCUGGGCAGCAAGAAAGAAGAUUGCCAUCGGUUCAGCAAGAGGGCUUGCAUUCCUUCACCAUAGCUGCAUUCCUCACAUAAUCCACAGGGACAUGAAAUCUAGCAAUGUUCUACUUGAUGAAAAUUUAGAAGCCCGAGUGUCAGAUUUUGGCAUGGCAAGGCUAAUGAGUGCUCUUGACACUCAUCUCAGCGUGAGCACCCUUGCUGGGACACCAGGUUAUGUUCCACCUGAGUACUACCAGAGUUUCAGAUGCACUACCAAAGGGGAUGUGUACAGCUAUGGUGUCAUACUUCUGGAGCUUAUCUCAGGCAAAAGACCAAUUGAUCCAUUGGAAUUUGGUGAUGACAACAACCUGGUGGGGUGGGCAAAACAGCUGCAGAGAGAGAAGAGGAUUAGUGACAUAAUUGACACUAUGCUCUUGGAACAGAUGUCCAGCGAGGCUGAAAUCUAUCAGUACCUUAAGAUUGCUUUCGAGUGUUUGGAUGAUCGGCCAUUCCGGCGUCCAACUAUGAUUCAGGUGAUGGCAAUGUUCAAAGAGCUUCAGAAUGAUUCUGAAAGUGAUAUCCUUGAUGGUUUCUCUCUAAAAGAUACAGUUAUUGAUGAAUGAAGGAGAGAGAGAGAGAGAGACAGAGCGCCUCAGACGAUGACAUUCAAACUUGAAUUUUUUCACAUGUUUUAAUAUCUGCUUUUCCUCUCUUGCCACACUGCACAUGGAGGAGGAGAUUUGGAAACUGGGCUUUGAGCGAACCUCUUCAACCGGUGUAGGGGAUUUGUCCCUGCACUUUCUUACUGUAAAAUAGUACAUAAAAACUGAUAGAGAAAGUUGAGAGGACCUGUAUCUACAAAGGAUUAUUAAAAUAGAAGUAAAGAAAUGGAUAUCUGAUUCCAUUGGUAUUA